AUGGACCGCUCCUGCCUGGACUAUAAUUCCGUGGAUUUUCCAAACUCGGCCACUGUGGUUAGAGUCGUGGAAGGAGACACAUAUGACCGGGCCCUCGAGAUGAGAGAUGCUGACACCGAGCACGAUCACAUGCCAGUAUGUGUUCUCAACUUUGCCAAUGCCUAUAACCCCGGUGGCGGCUGGCUCAAUGGUUCUCAAGCUCAAGAGGAACAACUUUGCUACCGAAGCACUCUCAUCGAUACUCUCCAUACCCGGUUCUACCCAAUGAACGAUUUGGAGUGCCUCUAUUCACCCAAUGUGAUCGUUUUCCGAAAGAGCGUUGACAGCGAGUACAACUUCAUGUCAGUGGACGACAAGCUACACCAGAACCCCACUGUUAGCGUUAUCAGCAUGGCAGCGCGGAGCAAGCCUGGAUUAGUGAAAUCCGGACUCAUGUACAAGGACGAGGCACAGAAAUAUCUCAUGAUAGCCAAAAUGCAAUUGAUUCUACGCACAGCAGCACACAACAAUCACCGCCGCUUGAUACUUGGUGCCAUUGGUUGUGGGGCCUUUCGCCAUCCCGCUCAGGAGGUAGCCGACUGUUGGUACGAGGUUCUCAUGAAAGAGGAGUUCAAGGGGUGGUUUGAGAUGAUUGAUUUCGUGAUUAGGGACUCACCUACUGAGAACAAUCUUCAAAUUUUCUCAGAGACAUUGGAUGGUUUGCUCAUAGCAUGA